AGUCCGCAGGCCGAAGCUCUAUCCACUGAGCCAAACCGGUCAGGGCUGAAUUUCUUCUUAAUUGUGAUUCUUCUGAGUUGCGGUUGUUUUAAAUUUGCCUCUACUAAUUUGCAAUUUAUCCUUUAUCCUUGGCCCUGAUUUUUACAAAAGCUUAUUUCUCAACUAACCCUGAGUACAUCAUACAGUCGCAGCUUUUAGCUCUCAUGAGUCCCAUCACCAUUGAGCCUCAAUUACACUCGACCUCCCAAGACAUAACUCCUCUGAUCGUCAACAUCUGCUUUGAGUGGAAAAUGGUUGAACUGUCUCUGCAUUUCCUUGCCACAUGGGAAAGAAAUCUGCUUUUUAAAAUUGUGACUUAAUAAUUCCUGAAAUGGGGAUGGUAGCCGACUCCUGUGACCCUGAGAAGGUCACUGAUGCUUCCAGAAAGGAGGAGCGAAGCGAUGCUGUGGCUGAGGCACAGUUGGGAGCAAACUGUCCGUCUCCAAGAAAGCUGAGCGCUACUCUACAGGGAGCAGGACCCAGCACCAACCACUGAGCAGUCCUUUUCCAGCUGUGACUGUCCUCCAUGAGCUCUCUGCUGUACUUCCUAGCUGGGUUCGUUAAGCCUCUGACUCCCGCGGACGCAGAAGGCAGCCAACAUGACGGGAAACGCGCCGUCCACGUGUGUCUGGAUUUUGCUCCUUUUUCUCCACAUCCGUCUUCUGAACGCUUCUGGCUUUUUCUAGGACAGUCACCUCCUGGGAAGCCCCAGAUCUCGAAAUGUCGCUCCACCGAAAAGGAGACCUUCUCAUGCUGGUGGAAUCCGGGGCCGGACGGAGGACUUCCCACCAACUACACGCUCACCUACAACAAGGAAGGAAAUCCGUUCACCUAUGAAUGUCCAGACUACAACACCAGUGGCCCCAACUCCUGUUACUUUGACAAGAAGCACACCUCCAUUUGGACAAUGUACAUCAUCACAGUAAACGCCACGAACCAGAUGGGAAGCAACGCCUCAGAUCCGUAUUAUGUGGAUGUGACUUACAUAGUUGAACCAGACCCUCCAAUAAACCUGAUUUUGGAAGUAAAAUAUCCAGAAGACCAAAAACCGUACCUGUGGAUAAAAUGGUUUCCACCCACCCAGGUCGACGUAAAAUCCGGCUGGCUCACACUACAAUACGAAAUUCGAUUAAAGCCUGAAAAAGCAAAUGAGUGGGAGGUUCAUUUCGCUGGGCAGAAAACUCAGUUUAAGAUUCUCAGCUUAUAUCCAGGAAAAAAAUACCUUGUCCAGGUUCGCUGCAAGCCAGACCACGGAUUCUGGAGUGAGUGGGGCCCAGAAGGCUCCAUUCAAAUACCUGAUGAUUCCACCAGUACAGACACCACCGUGUGGAUCUUUGUGGCUGUGCUUUCUGUUGUCGUCUGUCUGAUUAUGGUCUGGGCAGUGGCUAUGAAGGGCUAUAGCAUGCUGACCUGCGUCUUUCCACCAGUUCCUGGGCCAAAAAUAAAAGGGCUGGAUAUUCAUCUGCUGGAGAGGGGCAAGUCUGAAGAACUGCUGAGUUCCCUGGGGUGCCAGGACUUCCCCUCUGACUGUGAGGACUUGCUGGUGGAGCUGUUAGAAGUCGUUGACAGCGAGAACCAGCAACCGGUGCAAGUCCAUUUGAAAAAACACCCCGAUCAAGGGCUGAAGCCCACACCCCUGGACCCCGACAGUGACUCUGGCCAAGGCAGCUGUGACAGCCCUUCCCUCUUGUCCAACAAUCAUGAGGGGUCCCAGGAAAGUCCCUCCACAUUCCACACUCCUGGGGGCAUUGAGGAGCCAGAGAACCCUGAAGGAAAUGGUGCCCACACCUGGGACUCUCAGAGCACCAGCGUGGAAGGCCGAGUCCCCUAUUUCUGUGCUGAUGGACCCAAAUCUUCAACAUGGCCUUCACCGCAGCCCCGCAACCAGCACAACCCCAGAUCGUCUUACCACAACAUCGCUGAUGUGUGUAAGCUGGACCCGGGCACGGCAGGUUCCUCUGCCACCGUGUUGGACAAAACAGACAAGUGUUCUCUAACGUCUUUGGAAACCACUGAGCCUGGAGGGGAAGAGAAGGCGGCCCAGCAGAGGUGGGUGGAAAGCUUCCAUUCCAAGACUGACCCAGACACCCCGUGGCUGCUGCCCCAGGAGGACACCUCCGUUAUCUCUGCUAAACCCUUGGAUUACGUGGAGAUUCACAAGGUCAGCAAGGACGGAGCAUUGUCAUUGUUCCCCAAACAAGAAGAGAACGGCAACCAGACAGAGAAGGCCGGCGGUCUUAAGACCAGGAUGGAAUACUCGAAGGUGGCCAGGGUGAUGGAGAGCAGCAUCCUGGUGCUGGUGCAGGACCCGCCCGCCCCCGACCUGGCUUUGUUUGAAGAACCAGCCGAGGAAGCCCCACCAUCCUUGCCACAUAAUCAAGAGGAGAAAGACCUGGCCGCCUUCGCCAUGACACCAAGCAACUGCAGACUGGCCGGGCUGGACUACCUCGACCCCGCGUGCUUAAAGCACUCUUUCCAGUGACGGCUUGAUCAUUGGCAUGGUUGGUUAAAAUGUGAUUUUUCUUCAGGUACUGCUACAGCGCACAUGAAAUGUCCUCUCCUAGAGAAUGUUCGAGAAUGGGGUUCGAAUGACACUACUAAAACUCACAGUUCCCUCUUCUUCAUGCUCCAUUUUCAACCAGUGGCCUCUUUCUCCAACAGCUGAUUCCAGAUUGGAUCAUUUUGUUUCCUGUGAUUUGCUGAUCUAGUGUUUGUUUUUAGUUAUAAAAUCGUAUGUUCAAUGCAAUAGAAGUGCACUGCUUAGUAUUCCUGAGGGACUGUGCCAAUAGGUAAAGCCUCCGGAAAAGGCGCCCAUGGUUGGGCAUAGGCCAGGAGGAAAUGAAGGAGUUAGCAUAGCUCAGCGCAGGAAGAUGAUAGAUGUGAGAAGAAUGCCAUGUAAGCUGCUUUUGAAAACCAGUUGCUUAUCCUUUGCACUCCCCUCCUAUUUUAUUGAGAUUAACCAAAUAUAACACAUUGCACGAAAGGAUGCAUUCCGGAACCGACACGUCAUUUACAUCACUUCCUGUUACCUUAGUGACACGUUGCUGAUAUGCAAGUAAAAAUCAUGCCUCCAUUUCUUUUUCUUAAAAUAGUUGCAAUCUGGUAAGCCUGGAUUCCCCUCUUCCAAAUUGUAUUUCAUCCUAAAGCCUCUAGAAAAUAUAGUUUUGGAGAGUGAGAUUUUCUUACACAGGAGGCAAGUGAAUUUGACGUGAUGGAUCCUCCUAAAACGGUUUCCUGCUUCAUUUCAACACAACAGAUAAUUUAUUAUACACCCUAGUCUUCUCUUAGUGGAAAAAAAAAUCCCCAAAGACUAACUUUAAUUUCAAAGAUAAUCACAGCGGGAUGGUCAUGGAGAUACUGCCUUACUGUACAUACAGAUUCUACUUUACUACAGACCCAGUCUCGUGUGGAAACCAAAGCAAUGUUGAAGCAGCCUGUGUCUUCUGUAAAGCCAUAUUGAAGUAAAGACUGUGUAAUAGCAUAAAGUUCCAUAUUUUCAAAGCUACCACUACCUCUGCUUUGUCUCUUUCCUAGAAAAUGCCAGGCAGAUUUCUUCACCAUUAAGUGGGAAAUUAGAAGCGAUUGUUACAAAAGCUGAUGGAUAGUUGUGUUUGUUUGUUUGUUUGUUUGUUUGUUUGCUUGUUUUUACAUGAGACAACACCUUCUAAUUCACCAUUUUGCAGGUUUAUGCUAGGUUGUCUCAAGAGCCAUUUCUACAUCUACUAAAAACUGGAUGAUGAAUAAGGACCAGAAAGAACACAUAGUAAGUCACUGAUGAAAAACCAACAAAACCAGAGAGCGGAUUUGUUUCCUAACCAUAAAUCACCUGUUGCCCAAAGUCAUGAUGAUGUUAUCUCUCACAGUUUGAUUUCCCCAAUUCCGCGUAGAAAUAAGUCUUUUCCUUAUUUGAUUUUAGACAUCAAAUAUAUUAUGGUAUGGGAAAAGUCAAUCAGAUAUCAUAACUAACCUUGUUUCAAUUUUUAAAAUUUAUUUCUACAUAUACUUAUUAUAAUGAUGAUUUUUUUUUCUUUUUAGCCUUAAAGAAUUAUAGAUGAUAAUCAUCCAAUUUAUCCUGCAUUUUUAAUUCUGUAGAUCUUUGGUUAUUGAACCUUGUGCUUUCUGUUUUCCGUGGAUUUACUCCUUUGUCUCUUUCCAUUUUGAGGAGACAACGUGGACAGUUACAUCUUUGUCAAUCGUAUGGGAGAUUAUGCUAAGUGCUGUUACCCUAACAUCUUCAUCUUUUCUGCACGCCAAAAACAAUGCUUGGCAAACAAAAUCGUAGACGUCCCAGUACAAUACGGUCAUUAUAUUUCUAUUCAUGUUAUUGAAAAUUCCCAGCUCAGUGCCUGGCUCAAUAAAUGUUUAUUUCCCUUGCCUA